CCCUCCCUCCUCUUCCUCGGUGAGGCGCUCCUCCGGCAGGCAGGCAGCAUGGCGGCCGUGGAGACGCGGGUCUGCGAGACGGACGGCUGCAGCAGCGAGGCCAAGCUCCAGUGUCCCACCUGCAUCAAGCUGGGCAUCCAGGGCUCGUACUUCUGCUCGCAGGAAUGUUUUAAAGGAAGUUGGGCUACGCACAAGUUACUACAUAAGAAAGCAAAAGAUGAAAAGGCAAAGCGGGAAGUGUCUUCCUGGACUGUAGAAGGUGAUAUAAACACUGACCCCUGGGCAGGUUAUCGAUAUACUGGUAAACUCAGACCACAUUAUCCACUGAUGCCAACAAGGCCAGUGCCAAGUUAUAUUCAAAGACCGGAUUAUGCUGAUCAUCCCUUAGGAAUGUCUGAAUCUGAACAGGCUCUUAAAGGUACUUCUCAAAUUAAAUUACUCUCAUCUGAAGACAUAGAAGGGAUGCGACUUGUAUGUAGGCUUGCUAGAGAAGUGCUGGAUAUUGCUGCUGGGAUGAUUAAACCAGGUGUAACUACUGAAGAAAUAGAUCAUGCUGUACACUUAGCAUGCAUUGCAAGAAAUUGCUAUCCUUCUCCCCUGAAUUACUAUAAUUUCCCAAAGUCUUGUUGUACUUCAGUGAAUGAAGUCAUUUGCCAUGGAAUUCCAGACAGACGACCUUUGCAAGAAGGUGAUAUUGUUAAUGUGGACAUCACUCUUUAUCGCAAUGGUUAUCAUGGGGACCUGAAUGAGACCUUUUUUGUUGGAGAUGUGGAUGAGGGAGCACGGAAAUUAGUUCAGACCACAUACGAGUGUCUUAUGCAAGCCAUCGAUGCAGUGAAACCUGGUGUUCGAUACAGAGAAUUGGGAAAUAUUAUUCAGAAGCAUGCUCAAGCAAAUGGAUUUUCAGUUGUUCGAAGCUACUGUGGGCAUGGAAUACACAAGCUUUUUCAUACAGCUCCCAAUGUACCCCACUAUGCCAAAAACAAAGCAGUUGGAGUGAUGAAAUCGGGCCAUGUGUUUACAAUUGAGCCAAUGAUUUGUGAAGGUGGAUGGCAGGAUGAAACCUGGCCAGAUGGUUGGACUGCAGUGACAAGAGACGGGAAACGGUCUGCUCAGUUUGAGCACACGCUGCUGGUAACGGACACUGGCUGUGAAAUCCUAACCCGGCGACUUGAUAGUGCGCGGCCUCACUUCAUGUCCCAAUUUUAAUUUCUCCUAAGAUGGCACAUCUCAGUAAUGCCUUCUUACUGUACUAUGCAUUUUAUUGAGAGUACAGAAAGGAUGAGGCAAUUUUUUAUCACUUGUUUUGUUUUGACUAUAGAUAAGGAAGGACACAGCAUUUGAUAUGUAUCUUCAAGAGCUUGUCUUGGGUCUGAAAAAGCUGAGAAGAAUAAAGGAAACCUUGUUCAACUCCUUUCAGUACCCCCUCCCCAUCCCAGCCCCCUUCCCAUUCUCUGCAUACCCGUUUUCUUAUUUGCCCCUUGAGCACUUUUUCUUAGACCUGCUUCUAUAGUUGCUUUAAUCACUGCCACAAACUGGCUAUCAGGAGCCAGCUGCUUUCCAGGCGAAUGUUGAAGAUGAGAAUCCUUGAAACUUUAGCAACACAUGUUGCUCCAGAUUUUUUAAAUUAUAUAUAUAUAUAUGGAAAUAUAUAUGCAUACAUUUUAAAUUCCAUGUAUGUAAUUACCGAACACUAUGUGACCUUGGUUUGGGUUGAUUCUGCUCUGACAGGGUUUUUUGCUGUCAUAAGUGGAUCUAUAGUUUGUAGAGAUUUAAUUCCUAGUUGGGAAUUGGCCUCCUCCCUUCCUAAUGCUAAUUAUUUAUCCUGGUAAUUGUGUGUAGGGAAGCACUCACUCAGUGAGACUUUCUCUCCAAUGUGGACUCUGUGUCAGUGAAUGAAUGUGGUAAAAUUCACUUUGGAAGAAGGUUAUCAGGCUUUUUAAAGUCUAGUUUAUGACAAAAAUAGCUAUGCUCCAUGUGGUGGCUGGCUGUUGCGGGGCACAGGAAUUUGUAAUACACUAUUUUCAGACCUUUAUUUGGUCAGAAAUGGGAGGUAGAAAACCUCCUUUUUUCCCUCUUUUAUUUCAAGGGCAUACCUUGAAGAUACUCAGAGAAGGGUGGAGGUUGCACUGUAGAGGGUGAUGGGUAAAGAGUUCUGAGAUGUCUCUAGCUGUGAGCACAGUAAGUCAGGUGGGCUGUGAGAGUAAUCCUGACAGUGAAGAGAAAGGAACUUCUUUGAGUACUGUAACCUGCAGUAGGGAUGCAGCUGUCCUUGGUUUGCUGGGAAUUAAAAAAUAAAAAUAAAAAUAAAAAAACCGCCUCACCUAUGCUUAGUUGACUCAUUAGCAGUGACCUCAGCUGCCCAGUGUCUGUGUUCCUUUCAGCAACUGUCCAAAUAGAAGUUUAUCCAGUGAAGAGGAAUCAGAUCAUCAAGUCCUUGUUAGUGUGUACUUGAUUACUGGGUAUCUGAUAACUUUCUGGUAAUACAAUUUGAUGCCACUGACACAUAUCCUUGUAAGAGAACAUCUUUCCCAGAGUGCCUCAGACCUUAUUGCUUUAAGAGAAUUAUGAUAUGUUUUCAUUACUUUUAUUAUUUUAAUGAUUUACUAAAGUGACUGAAUCUGGUAUAGACUUUUUGGGGGUAUGUGUGAAGUUUUUAUCAAUUUGUAAUAUUUGUGAAUGGAAUGCCUUGUAAUAUGGAUGUUAAUAUAAUGUGUAAAGGGAGAUUAAAAAGUUUGAUUAUCCCACCAUGUAGUCAUUAACUUUGCUCCAUUUGUUUGGUAUGUCACAGGGAAUUGGUGUGAAUGGGGAGGCUGAUUUUAUAAUCUAAAAUAAAACUCACUACCAUCUGGUACAAA